CAGAAGGCAAACCUGCGAUCAGCGAACUAUCUAUCUCCCUUGUCUUUCGAGAAGGUAAACCCUGUUUUUCAAAGAAGGUAAACCCUAAAUCUUGAAGACUUUUUGCAAUAUAAGGUUACAUCUCUCUCUCUCUAUCUCUUUUAAGAAGGUAAACCCUAAAUCGAACGGCGAACUCUAAGAAGUGGAAGCAGAAACCCUAAAUCGAAAGGGCAAAUGCAGCAUUUCAGCAGCUAAAUCGAAAGGGCAAAUGAAGCAUUUAGUCCGAUAAGGUCCAGCCACUCGACCUCUUCAGAGCAGCGAUUACAUCAUAACUUGGUCUCCUCACGAUAUUUAGAGGUGUUCCUUACUUGUACAGUUGUCACUUUAUACAAACCUCACCCAGACAAAUUUCCAUAGGUUCGAGAUUUUAGUUGAUUCUUGGGGGCUGAGGAAUCCAAAAUUUCGAUUCAAUCACAAAUAUUGAAUUCACUCGAACUCUCGUUUUCUUGUUCGAUCUCUCUCAGUGACUUCUAACGUGUGACUUCUAUGGGAGUGUUGUACCAGUUCGGCAUCAUCAUCACUCGAACCAAUAAGCUCAGAAGCCCUAAUUUCAAGUUCAUUAACAAUAGCUUAUCUUACUGCACUUCUUCCUCUCCUCCCUCUCAUCCUUCACCCCAAAACCAUAGAUCUAGAACUCCUCUAGAGAAACAGUUCGAGUCAUGGAUCCACAAGCUCAAACCAGGCUUCACCCCACAAGACGUAGACGAUGCCCUAAGAAACCAGUCAGAUCCUGACCUAGCCCUAGAUAUCUUCCGAUGGACCUCAAACCAGCGCCAUUACCGCCAUACCGAUCUCACCUACUACACAAUGCUUCGUAUUCUCGCCUCUGAGAACCGAUUCAAGCAGAUAGAAACCCUAAUUGCAGAGGUCAUGGCCGGAGCCUGCAGCCCUAGCCCACCCCUCUUCAACACGAUUAUCAAUCAUUUUUGCAAGAGAAAGCUCUUGGGCCAAGCCAUCGAUGCUUUCAAGAAAAUGCAAAGAGACCCGAAUUGUAAACUGACACUGCAGACCUACACAAUGAUACUCAAUUCGGUGUUGCAGAAGUUCACGAAGCUCAAUGUUUCUUGCAUUUAUCUCCACACUGUGAGGUCCCUCGUGAGACAGAUGAAAGCUACAGGCAUCGUGCCUGAUACUUUCACAUUGAAUUUGGUUAUCAAGGCUUAUUCGAAAUGUCUCGAAAUGGAUGAGGCGAUUAGGGUUUUUAAGGAGAUGGUUUUGUAUGGGUGUGAACCUGAUGCCUAUACAUACAAUUAUAUAUCAAAAGGUCUUUGUGAGAAGGGGAGAGUGAGUCAAGGACUGAAGUUUUUCAGAGAGAUGAGAGAGAAAGGGUUUGUUCCUAGUAGUAGUGCCUUUAUGAUUGUUAUAUGUAGUUUGGCAUUGGAGAGAAGGUUUGAUGAGGCAAUUGAGGUGCUCUUUGAUAUGUUGGGCAAUUCAAUGGUGCCUGAUUUUCUCACUUAUAAGACUGUGUUGGAGGGAUUGGGAAGAGAGGGGAGAGAAAAACAGGCAUAUGAGCUUUUAGAGGAGUUAAAGAAGAAGGAGGGCUUAAUGGAUUUGAAGACUUAUUCAAGCCUUUUGAAUUGCUUGCAUUUACUUGAUGCAGAAUAGGCUUGGGCUUUCUCAGUCCUUUUCUUGUGAGGUUUCCUUUACUAUGAACUAAUUUAGUGCCAAAAUUCUUUAAUUUUGGUCUAUGAGAUGUUUGACAAUGUCCAUAUAUUUUUGGGCCUAAUGUCUCUGUUUAGCUUCUGAAAUGACACCCCUUGUUAAUCUCGAAGAGAAAGGAGAAGAAAUACUAUGUUUUUUUUUUGUUUUGGUAAAUCCGUGAAGGAGAAGGCUCUCUAGCCAUUUUUCAUUAAUAAAAGAUAGAAAAUAAUUACAUUUAUACUAUUUUACAAACCUACAAUAGGAUAAUUGUGUCAGAUCAUGAAGUAUAUUUGUGAUUCAAUAUAAGUAUUCUGGGUUUUUGGUUAGUAUUCUUCUUUGUUUCUUUCUUUAAUAUAUUGGCCGUGACAUUUUGAGGAGAAGGCGCACCCUUUACUUUCUCUCCAUUUAAUGCCAGUAAGAGUUUAAAUUGUAAAUAAGGGAAAUCAUAUUAGAAUUUGAUUUCACUGGUAAACCAUUUUCAAAAGAAAUUUCAUUGGUAAACUAGUUCACCCUAUAGAAAGUCAAAGCAAAUAUUUUCUUUAAAAA